CCGCGCCGAUGCAGGAAGUGACGACGCUCCUGGCGCGCGCCGGGCGGUUUCUUCUCAGGCUCCGGGUCCGGCGGCGGCGGCGUAGGGUGUUUUAACUCAAAUGGGUGAUGAAAAGGACUCUUGGAAAGUGAAAACUUUAGAUGAAAUUCUUCAGGAAAAGAAACGACGGAAGGAACAAGAGGAGAAAGCAGAGAUAAAACGCUUAAAAAACUCUGAUGACCGGGAUUCCAAGCGGGAUUCCCUUGAGGAGGGGGAGCUGAGGGACCACCGCAUGGAGAUAACGAUAAGGAACUCGCCGUAUAGACGAGAGGACUCCAUGGAAGACAGAGGAGAGGAAGAUGAUUCUUUGGCUAUCAAACCACCCCAGCAAAUGUCUCGGAAAGAAAAAGCUCAUCACAGGAAAGACGAAAAGAGGAAAGAGAAACGCAGGCAUCGUAGUCAUUCCACAGAAGGGGGGAAGCAUGCCAGAGUGAAGGAGAAGGAGAGAGAGCACGAGCGUCGGAAGCGGCACCGAGAGGAGCAGGACAAGGCCCGCCGCGAGUGGGAGCGACAGAAGAGGAGGGAGCUGGCGCGGGAGCACUCCCGGAGGGAGAGGGACCGCCUGGAGCAGUUAGAAAGGAAGCGAGAGCGGGAGCGCAAGCUGCGGGAGCAGCAGAAGGAGCAGAGGGAGCAGAAGGAGCGGGAGCGGCGCGCCGAGGAGCGGCGCAAGGAGCGCGAGGCCCGGCGGGAAGUGUCUGCACAUCACCGGACAGCGAGAGAGGACUAUGGCGACAAGGUGAAAGCCAGCCACUGGAGUCGGAGCCCACUCCGGCCGCCUCGAGAGAGGUUUGAGCUGGGGGACAGCCGGAAGCCAGUAAAAGAAGAGAAAGUGGAGGAGAGAGACCUGCUGUCCGACCUGCAGGACAUCAGCGACAGCGAGAGGAAGACCAGCUCAGCCGAGUCCUCGUCAGCGGAAUCAGGGUCAGGUUCCGAGGAGGAGGAGGAGGAGGAGGAGGAGGAGGAGGAGGAGGAAGAGGGGAGCAGCAGCGAAGAGUCGGAGGGGGAGGAGGAAGAGGAGGAGGAGGAGGAGGAGGAGACCGGGAGCAACUCCGAGGACGCGUCCGCACAGUCAGCCGAGGAAGUGAGUGAAGAAGAAAUGAGUGAAGAGGAGGAGCGAGAGAAUGAAAACCACGUCCUGGUUGUUCCAGAGUCACGAUUUGACCGCGAUUCUGGAGAGAGUGAAGAGGGGGAAGAGGAGGUGGGCGAGGGCACCCCGCAGAGCAGCGCCCUCACCGAGGGGGACUUCGUGCCCGACUCCCCAGCCCUGUCACCCAUCGAGCUCAAACAGGAGCUGCCCAAGUACCUGCCAGCCCUGCAGGGCUGUCGGAGUGUGGAGGAAUUCCAGUGCCUGAACAGGAUCGAAGAAGGCACUUACGGGGUGGUGUACAGAGCUAAGGACAAGAAAACAGAUGAAAUCGUGGCUCUGAAGCGGCUGAAAAUGGAGAAGGAGAAGGAGGGCUUCCCGAUCACAUCGCUGAGGGAGAUCAACACCAUCCUCAAGGCGCAGCACCCCAACAUCGUCACCGUCAGGGAAAUCGUCGUGGGCAGCAACAUGGACAAGAUCUACAUCGUGAUGAACUACGUGGAGCACGACCUCAAGAGCCUCAUGGAAACCAUGAAGCAGCCUUUCCUGCCGGGGGAGGUGAAGACCCUGAUGAUCCAGCUGCUGCGUGGAGUGAAGCACCUGCACGACAACUGGAUCCUGCACCGAGACCUCAAGACGUCCAACCUGCUGCUGAGCCACGCUGGCAUCCUCAAGGUGGGGGACUUCGGGCUGGCGCGGGAGUAUGGGUCCCCUCUGAAGGCCUACACCCCGGUGGUCGUGACCUUGUGGUACCGUGCCCCUGAGCUGCUGCUCGGUGCCAAGGAGUACUCCACGGCCGUGGACAUGUGGUCGGUGGGCUGCAUCUUUGGGGAGCUGCUGACUCAGAAGCCGCUGUUCCCUGGGAAGUCGGAAAUCGAUCAAAUCAACAAAGUGUUCAAGGACCUAGGGACCCCCAGUGAGAAAAUCUGGCCCGGCUACAACGACCUCCCCGCCGUCAAGAAGAUGACCUUCACCGAGUACCCGUAUAACAACCUCCGCAAGCGCUUCGGGGCUCUGCUCUCAGACCAGGGCUUCGACCUCAUGAACAAGUUUCUGACCUACUUCCCUGGACGGAGGGUCAGCGCAGAGGACGGCCUCAAGCACGAGUAUUUCCGCGAGACCCCCCUCCCCAUCGACCCCUCCAUGUUCCCCACAUGGCCCGCCAAGAGCGAACAGCAGAGGGUGAAGCGGGGCACCAGCCCCCGGCCACCAGAGGGAGGCCUGGGCUACAGCCAGCUGGGUGACGACGACCUGAAGGAGACAGGCUUCCACCUCACAACCACGAACCAGGGGGCCUCGGCCGCGGGCCCAGGCUUCAGCCUCAAGUUCUGAGGCUCAGAGCCGACCCCAGACCCACCUUGGGGAGCGCCGACCGCUGAGGCCCAGCUGGGACAGCGGCAGACACUGGAGGCGGCGUCUGGGUCCAGACCCCCGUCCUGCCCUGACCAGGUGCCGCCACUGCCACGGGGCUGCCGUGGACGCGACCUCAAGUCUAGGACUGGCUGCUGGCCUCGUGGGGUUUUCCAUGUUUUCAUUUUAUCUUGGCUUGUAAAUUUGUAGAAUUAAAUCACGUUUUCCUUGC